CCGUGUGCACGUGCAUUCGUGGUACUCACUCGUGCACGAUACAGGACAUGCUGUAGGACAUUGUUUUAGGACAUGUUUCAGGACAGGUCGAGCAGUGUGUCGUGUUGUUACAAAACAACUGUGCUGUAGGAUGAAUUAAUUUACAAAUUAAUAAAUUACUCAUUUCUUUUUGGAAGUGUAUGCAAAUCAAUUAACAAUUUAAAACAUUUUGUUAUGAAAUUAAAGACAAAAAUAAUUAUACUUGAAAUAUAAAAAUAUAAUUAUGGUUUGAUAUUAAGAGAUUUUUAUCGCUAUCGUAUAUUAUUUAAAUAAUUGAAUCCUGAAUGAAAUCGAUAAUUUUAUAAACUAUUUAAGUCAUCAAUGGAUGUUUGAAGUAACACAUCAGAUCGGCUUCAAUUAAGAUUAAUUUCUCACAAAGGGACGUAACCGUGAAUUUGUUUUGUUUUUUUUAAAAAAAUCCAAAGUUCCGAAACUUUCCUUGGAUAUCUGAGUGCAGGAUAUCAAGAUGUCUCAACGAAGAUUCACCAACGCUAAAAUCGUCAUCCUAGGUGGCUCUGGCGUCGGGAAAACAGCCUUCGCUGUUCGGUAUAUAACGAAGAGAUAUAUUGGAGAUUACGCUCCGAACACAGAGAUGUUGUACUCACAUCGUCUUGUUGGAAGCAGAGAUGAACUCACGCUGGAGAUAUUGGACACAGCAUUUCAGAUGCCCCGUGAGACGCUGGAGAAACACGUCAGAUGGGCGGACGGUUUUAUCCUCAUGUACUCUGUCACCAGUCGCCAUAGUUACCAGGACGCCUGCAAGCUGAAGGAGGUUUUGUUCCAACUCCGUGGGGCGGACAUGCCAGUGGUGCUGGUCUCCAACAAACACGACCUGCUGACGGCGCGUGCUGUGACGGAAGACGAGUGUGACAACCUGGCUGGGGAGAUGGACUGUCCGAGGUUCCAGAUCUCUGUGGCUGAGGGUCAAGACGGCGUCAACGAGGCCAUGGAGGAGCUUUUGGUCCUCAUCAAGAGACAGCUGGUCAAGAGCUUGACCACGCCCACCCCGGACAACGUGGCCGGGCUGGAGAAGAAGUCCCGCCUGUACAACAUGAAGAAGGCCUUCAAGAAACGGAUCGUCCGGAGCAGGAGCGACACCUUUUGAUGCCAGCCCCGGGGGGUUGACGUACGGCUGAAAGUGAUGACGAUGGACACGGGGGGUGGGGAAACAACGACUGGGCUUGUUAAAACUUGGGCAGGACGGGUUCGAUGGUAUCUUUUGUGUGUGUGUUGGUAUCGCUUCUGUAACCCAACUCUGUAUCUAA